UCGGGCCGCAGGCCCCGUCGGCGGAGCACACCAUGGCGGGUUGCUGCUGCCUGUCGGCCGAGGAGAAGGAGUCGCAGCGCAUCAGCGCCGAGAUCGAGCGGCAGCUGCGCCGCGACAAGAAGGACGCGCGCCGCGAGCUCAAGCUGCUGCUGCUUGGAACUGGUGAAAGUGGAAAAAGCACCUUUAUCAAGCAGAUGAGAAUUAUCCAUGGAUCUGGUUAUAGCGAUGAAGACAGAAAGGGCUUCACAAAGCUGGUUUACCAGAACAUCUUCACCGCCAUGCAAGCCAUGAUCCGAGCAAUGGACACCCUCAGGAUACAGUACAUGUGUGAGCAGAAUAAGGAAAACGCCCAGAUCAUCAAGGCAGUGGAAGUGGACAAAGUGACCCAGUUGUCCAGGACCCAGGUAGAGGCCAUCAAGCAACUGUGGCAGGACCCGGGCAUCCAGGAGUGCUACGACCGCAGAAGGGAGUACCAGCUGUCCGACUCCGCCAAAUAUUACCUGACCGACAUUGACCGAAUCGCCACUCCAUCCUUUGUGCCAACGCAGCAGGACGUGCUUCGGGUCCGAGUGCCCACAACUGGUAUCAUCGAGUACCCCUUUGACCUGGAGAACAUCAUCUUCCGGAUGGUGGAUGUUGGUGGCCAGCGAUCUGAAAGACGGAAAUGGAUUCACUGCUUUGAAAGUGUCACCUCCAUUAUCUUCCUGGUUGCUUUGAGUGAAUAUGAUCAGGUCCUGGCUGAGUGUGACAAUGAGAACCGUAUGGAAGAAAGCAAAGCUUUAUUUAAAACAAUUAUCACCUACCCUUGGUUUCUGAACUCAUCAGUGAUCUUGUUCUUAAACAAGAAGGAUCUUCUGGAAGAGAAAAUCAUGUACUCUCAUCUAAUUAGCUAUUUCCCAGAAUACACAGGGCCGAAGCAGGACGUGAAAGCAGCCAGAGACUUUAUCCUGAAGCUUUAUCAAGAUCAGAAUCCCGACAAGGAGAAAGUCAUCUACUCCCACUUCACAUGUGCCACAGAUACAGAGAACAUCCGCUUUGUGUUUGCUGCUGUUAAAGACACAAUUCUACAGCUAAACCUGAGGGAAUUCAACCUGGUUUAA